AAGUUGUCUUGGUAGCUCUUGACCUGUUUUAGGAAUUAGUCUAUGAAUUAUCUGGUAGCCAAACCUCACCACACCCACUGGUAUUCAUCACAACGACACCACCAUUACAGCCGAUGACUUCUCACAAUUAUAAACUUCGCUCCUUCAAAAUCCACAAAGCACACUUUUCUCUUUCUGCUACACUACUCACCAUUUCUAACAACGAUGAAUGCUAUGAUGAAUGUGAUUAUGGAUGGCCCCAUUUUUACAUGGCUCUUGAAAACUCGAAUGACUUUCUACAAUGACGAUGCUUUGCAGCUUCCCUGGUGGUUUGGGGCAUGUUGCUGGAACUUUGCCAUUGCAGGAGCUUUCAUGCUCUGGAUUGAACCAGCAUGGGUCCAGCACCCACAAAAGAUAACCAUUCUGCCGUCCCUGCUAUCAUUCACAGUGCAGUUCCCUUACCAAACCAUUGCUUACUUGCUCAUUUUUGUGCAAGCUCCACUGAGUUUCCUAGCGGACUAUGUCAACAUGAAGCGGGACAGUUAUUGGCAUAUCAUUGACAGACUCCUCGCCGUGCCCAUAAUGGCGACGGAAAUCAUCAAGGUUACAUGCAUGGCCUUGGAGUCCAUCCGACACUUUCAGCUGCUUCCGAAUUCAAAGGCCAUGCCGAUUCCAUUGGUGGUUCUCUACUUUAUGGCGCUGAUCUUUGCCAUUUAUUGCUUUCUUCAAUCCAACAAGGCUCAAGCCAACCGCGACCAUCAAGGAUUCAUCCUGUGGCACAACACCUGGCAUUUGUACCCAUUGGUGGCAGUGGCCAUUUUUGUGUUCGACUUUUAUGUCUGUCAUGGAUGGCAACGAUGCACCAGACAAUAUAUGUAUUCCAUUGUCAUCCAAAAGGCGACGAAACUGUAGAGUAAGCGGCCACCCAACGAGCAAACACUUGUGCACAAUGCAUGGGCUCGAAUAGAAACUACAUAAGAAAUACCUAGCUAGACUCUUUAGAAAACUC